GGCUGCGCGGGGUGGCCGCAGCCAUGAGCUGCUCGGACGUGGCCAUGCAGCAGCCCGCCUCGGCGGCGUGCGGGGCCACCCGCUGUUUGGCCGUGCCCGCGGCGGGCUGCCCGCAGAAGAAGUUAGCUGUAUACAACAAGAUGCAGGAGUCUCUGGAAGUGACCCUUCCCAGCAAGCAAGAGGAGGAUGAGAAAGACCAGCCUGCGGAAAUGGAGUACCUUAACUCUCGCUGCGUCCUUUUCACUUACUUCCAGGGGGACAUUGGUUCAGUUGUGGAUGAACACUUUUCAAGAGCUUUGAGCCAAGCCAGUAGCUUCAAUCCAGAAACUGCCCUUACCAAGAGCAAGGCAGGGCUAAGUCCUCUGUGGAGAGAAAGCUCAACAAUUUCAAGCCAAAGGAGCAGUUUUCCAACUUCAUUUUGGACCAGCUCUUAUCAGCCUCCACCUCCACCAUGCUUAAGUGGAGUACACCACGAUUUCCCUGUUACUGCACCAGGCACCUUCCCAACACCAGAUCCCAGCAGCUGGCCAGGACACAGCCUUCAUCAGACUGCCCCACCUCCUCCCCCUGCUGCAUCCGAAUCCUGGCAUUAUCCCUUAGCAUCUCAGGUGAGCCCUUCGUAUGCACACAUGCAUGACGUGUACAUGCAUCGCCAUCACCCUCAUCCACACAUGCACCAUCACCAUCCCAGCUCACACCGUGACCCCCGCUACGGGUCCCUGCUGAUGCCUUCAGUCCGUGCAGCCAGGAUUCCUGCUCCCGAGUGUGACGUGACAAAGACAGAUCCAGCUGCUGUCACCAGCGCUACCUCAGCAUGGGCUGGAGCCUUUCAUGGAACGGUGGACAUUGUGCCAAGUUUUGGGUUUGACACAGGUCUACAGCAUCAGGACAAGAACAAGGAAACUUCUUGGUUCUGAAGUUCAGAUAAAUUAAUACCAGGUAGAGCUGGAGUCAGCGCAGCUGGGCGGGUGAUAUAACAGUCGUUGACUCCUCCUUGGGGCAAAGGACACACAUGAAGAUGAAGAGCCAACCAUUCUGGUUUUGCUAUUGAGCCUUUUGUUUGUAAGGCCGUCUAUGGGUCCCACAGCAUUGGAAAAAAACAAAGCCCUAACUUUUCUUUCUUCCCUCAUCUGAGCCUGCUGCAGCUGGGCAACCUAACUCCUUUCUGCUCCUUUAACAGUGUUUUGUUUCGUUCAGCUUGAUAUUUUUAUGAACAGUCUCAAUUGUCAGGAAAGAGACUCUCCGUUGUCUACAGUGCGCCUCUUUUCAGGAAUACAGUAUUUUGUAGCUGUUUGUGCAUCUAUUUUUGUAGAAAUACAGAAAGUUUGGGUAAGGAUCGAUGGGCUAUUUUAGGAUGACAUAUUUUUUUAAAAAAAAUUGUAAAAUUGUUAAGUUCUGUUUAAAGAACUUGCUCUCAGAGAAGCACUGGCAAAAAAAUGUAUAAAAUGCUAUUUUUAGAUGUCUGUGAUGUGUUUGUGCAUUUUGGUUUUUUUUGUUUGUUACCUCAAAUGUCUGUCUGCCCUUUCUUUUUAAAGGCCUAAACCUUCCUUCUUUCCACCUUACUAGAUUUUGAUGUUUUUGUCCUAUUCUAGCUUAAGCAAAUAUAAGUCGCACCUAAAGUUUCAGCCAAAUAUUUUUCCUGGAGUUAGAUUAUAGUAAAGGUGUUUUUAUUCUCUUGCUUCUAGAAGUGGCUUUGUGCUGUGCUGAUUGUCAGAAACUUGCAAACAUCUUUAGCAUGGGGCAAAGCUUGGGGUUAUAGGCACUGUAUUUCCAACCCAUCCAUUCUUUCAAAAUGGACCAAAUACGCUUACAGAUUUAAAUCAGAAUUGAGUUUGGGCCUCAUCUAUGAUCCAUUGAAGCUGUUCCAUUGAACACAGUAGCCUGUGGGUUAUGUUUCAGGCCCUCAUAGUGCUCAUGAGUAUCAGUAUACUCGUAUUUUAGCUCAAGAGGCAGGACUUUCAGCUAAGCCAUUUCAAGGGUGGUAACUUCUAACGUCAAUAUUCAGGAAAGAAAUGUCAGUUUUAAAAAGUGUGUGACUUAUGGAAACAAAAUGUUUCCAACUGGCCUCAUCUGUCUGCUGAGUACCUCAAGGGAAGCACUGAAACUUUCAACUCCUGUUGACAUCAAAAACUGUUUGUCUAACCUAAGACUUGCUGUGAGCCUUAUGAGACCCCAGCUGCAGCUCUUGAAUUUUUUGAGAACUUGCAUGUUUUCAGUGUGCACAAAUUCAGGCUUGGCCACUGUCAGUACUUGGAAAUGACAUGGCCAUGUCUCGCUACAAUGCUCUGCAUAAUAAAGUCUUCAGUUGAAGCCAGGGUGAGCAUGAUCCACUCCUGAAUAAGAGCUACAAGAUUACCCUUGACAGCCCCAGACCCACAGUGUGCUGGAGGUGGGUCAGCCUCCAUCCCCAGUCCUUAGCAACUCCUGCGUGUGCCAGCAUGCGUUUAGGUGGGACCAAGCGCAGGAUUGGGGCCUGGAUUGCCAGAUCCUAGCUACUGCUUGGAGAUGUUGCCUUUGUGCUCUGUAUACCCAGGGUACCCCUGUAAUAUCUCCUAAGGCUCUUAUAAACUAUUAUAUUUCUGUUACCACUGUUUUCAGACAUCCUUGUCAGAAAAACAAACCAGUUAAAUGGAAACCAAACACAUGACUGAGAUAAGAAGCAGUUUAAUUUUCAGGCAGCAGGCUUUGUAAAUGUAGGUUUGUCAGGUGGAGACCACAUGGAUCUGUGUGUGAAAGAGGAGGGGAAGUGUUGGGAUGUGCAUUCCACUCCAAGAUUCAGGCCUCCUUCCCUGCGCUGCUGCUGCACUCCAAGCUUUUUGAACUUGAUCCUGUGAGGUGUUGAGUGUUCUACCUUGCCACAUAAGAGGGCUUGACAUGCUGGCAUUGGAGGCUUUAGGAUUAUGUCACAAUUUGGCAAGACCCUGAAGUAUGUACCUUGCUGAUCUGACGGUUGAGACAGUGUAUAAGUGCUGAAUGGACUAUACUUAAAUAUUACUUUAAAAUAGUAGGGAUGUAGUUUCUCUGUUGGGAUGCUGUAUUAAUUGUGGUGGGUUUGGGGUUUUCUUUCCCUCAUCUUUAUAGUCCAUCAGCAUUUCUUUCUCUUAAUAAAUUUCACUCUCAUGACAACUCUCUGUAUAAUUGAUGCUCUAGUGGAGCUAGCUCCUCAAUUUGUUACUGAAUUCAGAAUGUGCUUGGAAAACUGUAUGGGAGGCAUCAUAGUAAUAGCUGUCAUGGUUCACUUUUUUAUCAGGACAGUAUAGUCCAGGAAAUAUCUCAAGAAUAAGAGUUGUGACUUAGGAAUUCUGACAGUAUUAGAAAUACUGGGAGGAAAAAUCCAAGCUUUUAAUUUUUAUUUUUUUUCCAUUUUUUUUUCUGGGCUUGGCAAAGCUGGAAGGCAAAGAGGCAAAGUAUCCUCUUUGGACUUCAGGCCUGAAGAGGUUUGGUGGUGGUGCAAGCAAAAGGAAAAACAUAGUGUGAUUGACUUCCUGAAAUAAAGUCUGUCAAGAGAAGUCAGCUCAUUGCCUUCCUCUUUGCAAGUUCAGAUGAUGAUGGACUUCCUGUUCCCCAUAGAUGUCAAAGCAGAAUGGGGCAGGAAAAAACAGGCCCACAGAUUGCACUGGAAUCCCUUUCUGGAUUGUUUUAUUGAGUUUAUGGGUAGUGGGGAUGAAUAUGUUGUGAAGCUAUUGCCUCUUCCAUGUCAAGGACUACUAUUAUGUGCCCGGUUUCCACUGCUGAAUCUGUGAGUGUACUGAAGGAACUCCUUUUGCUCUGCAGGCUCUGAAUGACAAGUGCCAAUAAAAACCUACUAUCGUCUGUAGCAAGUCAUACACCAGUCAAUUGAAAGUGUCCUCAGUCACUAACUGUCCCCCGACUAGUGAGUUGAAAGUAAAACCAUAAAUGCAUAGCAGUAGCCCUACUUCUAUGUUCUCCAGUUUGAAGGAUGGGAAAGAAAAAAGCUUUCCCUAUGACAAACUUUUAAGUUAAAUGCACCAGAUUUACUUCUCUCUCCCUUUCUCUCCCUCAUACACGCACACUUAUACACACGCACAAAUGUGCUUAUGAGAAGCAGAUGCUGUGAUGGUUUUGUUCUUGAAAGAGGGGGGGAGCACAUGCUCGCAACAUUGCAGUUACGGAGAAUUGAUGGCAGUGAAAAAGAAACAGCAAUGUUAAGACUGCUCAUGUUUCCAUGAUAGGAAAAAAAGGCCCUUAAAAUCAGGUCACAGAUAGAAGUUAUGUGUCUUAAUGUAUUACUAAAGGAGCUGUUUCAUUCUUUUAAUGUGAAUUCUGAUACUGUCCCAAGAAAGUGGAUGAUUCAUUUUGCAAAGACUUAUAAAACAUGAUGUACUCUGUCACAAUUUCUGGGAGAACAUAGGGAAAUUAUUGUUUUAUUUCAAGAAAAUCUACAUGCUAAACUCCUAAGAGUUGUCCAGGAUUUUAUUUUAUCCCUAUUAAUGUUGAGGAAACUGCUGUUAGUUUUUGUGUCUUUGUUUGAAGACUUGGGAGGAUUCAAGCUGUCCAUGUUUUGAAAAGCAGACACCAGUAUACUUCAACUGGGCAUUUCCAUCCCAACAAGAUGAGGGAAUAGUGCAGCUACUGACCACCCUUAUUUGCUUUCUAGAGAGCUGAAUAAUCUAUGUUUGGCUAUUGCAAAAUGCACUUUGUUCUUAUUCUUGCCAGACGCACAAAUUCAGUUAUUUUUUUAUCUGUUACCUUUUUUUGUAGUGUGAAGACAUUCAGUGAAUGGCAUUUUUCUCUCAGCUGUCUAUUUCUCUCUCAAAACAUGCUUUUGAGGAUGACUCUUUCAUUGCAGCUUUCAGAGAGAGCAGAAGUUCUGGGAGGGUGGUGUCGUGUUUCCCCCACCUGCACUUAAGAUGGACUUGACUGCGCCCAGCCUUUCUGCUUCUGCGCUAUUGUGUUUGUCUUGCUCUCCUCCUUCAACAAUUCCUUAUGUGUAUGUAUGUAUAUUUAUAUACAUAUAUAUACACACACAGCUACGCCUGGCUCACUCUUCCACCCUCAUGCUUCAAGUGCAUGUCCUUUGGAAAUGACAUCACUAAAUCUCAUCUGAGACUGAGAAAAUGUAGGCAUUUUAUUGCGUUCUCUGUUAACUCAGGAGUGAAUGGAAUUUUGCCAUACUUGUAAAAACCAAAACCAAAUAACAACAAAAACCAAUAAAAAAGACCCCUUUCAAAACCUCUGAUUUGUUGUGUCUGUAAAUAUGACCAUGGAGUCAGCAGAGUAUGUAGAGAGAUGCAAUAUAUUGCCUUUCAACAGACAAGCUGUCUUUCUGAAUAUGAAUCUUUCAGGUACAAGCUUCUUCUCCAUAUCAUUGGACCAGCAACAUAUAUUUCUUAUAAAUGAUUUAGAAAUAUAGGUAUUUUUCAAAUUGACUUCUUGGCUUUGGUCUGUCAGCCUUUGAGCUUUUAAAGGGUAU